GUCACCAGGCAGGUUUGACAGUCAAGCUUCAUUCUCAGGACAGACUGAAAAAUGUUCGUGUUAGUGUGACUGUAACCAUGAAAGAAAAGAAGUUAACCAUGUCCAUUCCACCUACAUCUGAUUCUUCAGUUCACAGGUUCAGACGUCACAACAUUUGUCUAGUGCUGCUAUUUAUUUUCACAUCAACCUGUAUGCAUUCAUUCUUUUCUGCCAGCAUGUACUGUUGGCACUGUAAGGUCAGAGCCAAGAUGUCCCGACCAGAGACUAUUCUUGUCCUGAGAAACAAAGAACGGUUCUAAGCACAGUGGGGAACCUAGGCCAAAAGGGUGCCCCUUCCUGAAAGAACAACACAUCGAUUCCUGAUCAAAAGAUAAUCAUCUCGGGAAAAGGACAGAGAGCAUCUCUCAAUACAGUGAGAAACCUGAACCUGAAACCUUCCUUUGAGAAACAACAGACUCCCUCCGGUACAGCAAACUCCCUACUGAGCUAACACCUACAUCUCAAACGACGCAUACAAGUGAAUCACAGAUGCAGACCUCACCCUGCACCCCCAACUGUUCCUUUCCUACCCUCUCACUCAACGCAGGACACCCAAAAGCUCUGAGGACCAUACACAAACUGUAUGGCAAUUGCUGGAUGGUGAUCAGAUGAAACAAUUCCAGCCGCCCGCUCCUAGACCCUUUACACCAACAAGACACACACAAACAAUUGCAUCAUACAACAUUUCAGCAUUUGACAUGGGAAUCAGUCAGGAGGAGUGGGAUAGACUACAGAAGGUUCUUGACUGGCCUAGUCCAGAUCAUGAAAUAACUGAGCUGGGUCUCAGCACAAGUCCAGUCCACACAACAUUCUCUACUGUGGGAUUCAAUGACACUUACAAAGUAGGAGAUAAGAUCAGUGUUACUAUCACAGCCAGAGAUCACAACAAAAAUUUGAAAACAUGUGGAGGUGAUUUUUUUCAAGCAAAGGUCUUCAAUAAAAAGCUAAAGGCAAGUGUUUACGGAAAAGUUUUUGAUCAUCGUAAUGGCACACACACUGUUGAUCUUCUGUUACCCUGGGAAGGACAAGCACAAGUGUCUAUACGUCUGAUGCACUCCAGUGAAGUUGUGCAGUUUUUUAAAAAGUACUGGGAGACUUCAUUCCCACGCAACCACUAUUAUGGAUACUUUGAAGGACCAGGACCCAAAGGAGUCAGGAUUAGUGAAAAAGUAAAAUGUAAUCUUAAAUGGAUCUAUGAUGGAAGUUGGAGUAAAGGCAACUGCUGCUGUGAAUAUAAGGAUGAAAAAACAGAGACUGUGUGGCAGUGUGAGAGACCAAAGCAACUUUCCUGUGACUACUGGGUGUAUCAUGAAAGAGGACCAUUUCAAAGUCCAUUAACUCCUUUAGAGAAGCAACUUAUCGCAAGCAAAUUAACAAAUGUUGGGAUUCCUGGAGACACACGCAUUAUAAAUGUUCUUUCCAGCUCUGCAAGCAUUGGUAAUGCAGAGAGAUGCAGAUCAGGUUUGACCACACCAGUUCCUGCAGGAUUCUAUUUCCAAGAUGUCUGGAAGUCUUUUGUAUGUAAUACUAGAAGGUUUAGUUUUACACAAAUGGCAGAUUGUCUUGCAAACAAGAUUAUAUACAUGAUGGGAGACUCUACCACAAGACAGUGGUUUGAGUUUUUUGAAAGAAGUGUGCCAGGCCUGAAAAGAUUGAAUCUUCACACCAAUUCUAAGAAUGGACCCCUGAUGGCUCUAGAGAUGACAAAAAAUAUCAUUAUUCACUGGAGGCCACAUGGAUUACCUCUUCAGUUUCGUAAAAUGCCAGCCGUUGAUCUGCAUUAUAUCAGCAAUGAAAUUGAUCAAAUAGCCGGCGGCCGUCAUACAGUUGUUGUUUUCACAAUAUUUGCCCACCUGGUUGUUCAUCCGUUAACGUUUUAUGUGCGUAAAGUGGCCAAAAUUCGUCAAGCAGUGGUUCUACUACUGAAACGUGCACCAGAGACUACUGUCAUCAUCAAGUCUGGAAACACUGGGCUCACAAAGAAUGAAUAUGGAAAUGACUGGUACAGGAUGCAGUUGAACACAGUGAUGAGCGAGAUGUUCAGUGAUAUUAAAGGAGUGGUCUACAUGGAUGUCUGGCAGAUGACCUCAUGUCAUUACUCUAGGGAAGACAUUCAUCCAGUCCGUGUUAUCGUUGUCAGUGAGCUUGAUAUGUUGCUCUCGCAUGUCUGCCCUUCCUGACAAAUGCAAAUAUCCUGAGCAAACCUAUGCUUAAAGUGGGAAUAAAAAUUUCUGGUACUUUCCUGUGCAAGUUGACAUACAGUAUGUAACUUAUUACCAUUUGAAAUGUCUACACUUUUAAAAUGGAUGUAUUCAUUUUGUGUUGAUUGGAUUAGUUGUUAACACAAGUUGUAGCACAAAACGUGUUGUCCGAAGAAGUAACACAGAGAUGUGCAUUAAUGUGUCGUCCUUAACUGAACACAGAAUGUGUUGUUUGAAACACGACUGUUUUUACAGUGUACAAAAAAAGUAUUUGGACAUUGCUGGGGCCCGUUUCUAAAAGGAGGUUCAACCAACUCUAGGUUAAAUCUUGAACUCAGAGUUGGUUUACUUAGAAAUUAGAAACUUUGAGUUUUUGGUUUCAGAACAGCUGAUUUGAGUUAGUUCAAUUUACUCUGGGUAGGUUUACCCUGGGUUAUAAAAAGCCAUCAUCAAUGCAGCUCCGAUAUUACGAUUCACCAUGGCAACGGCACCAAAAAAAGCAACAUGGCGGCAGAAAGCACACUUUCCGCUCUGCAUACAGUGAAUUUACUGAUGUCCUGAAAAUGACUUAAGUUUAAAUUAAUAAAUAGAUAAAUGUACCAAUAAACAAAUAUAUUAAUCAAUAAAUGAAUGAAACAACAGAAAUAAUUAAAAAAAUCGUAUGUUCUCACUCGCCAUGAGUGCCCUAGUUACGUGAGUGAGACGUCAUGGUGUAUAGGACACCUGUAGGGCGUCAGGCUCUCGUGUAAAAUUAGACUGAUCACCGGUUCAAACCCUACUCUGAGCAGAUUUGAGUUGGAAUGGCUGCACGUCUAAAUUGCUUAUUACCUUUAUCGCUUCAUUUCUGCAUGUAUGUCUGUAUUUAUUAAUUUCUUUAUUCAUGCACUUUAUUUAUUUAUACACUUUAUUAAGUCAUUUCUCAUCGUCCAUAGAAAAUUAUGCUCUGAUGUAAUACACGUACGGUGGCUGAUGUUAUUGAUGUAAGGAUGGAUGAGAUAUAUUUUGAUUCACUGUAAAGAAAAACGGUACCGUUUUAAUAACAAUGCUCAGGGAAAUUACAAAAUUCCACCGGGGUCCUAAAUUGCUCUCCUGAAAUCAAAGAACAUCCCAAUGAAUUAAUGCAGCCUCUUCAUGAAUCCUCUAUAAAAGCACAUAUGACAUAUAAGUCACUGAGAUGGUCUCUGCGUGAUCAAAAUGUGUGCCAUGAAUGAUUGUAUUAAUGAAUGAAUGAA